AUGAACACGCAUGCCCGGUUCAUUAAGCUCGGCAUCGACACCAACCCAAUAGUAGCGACUCGGUUGCUCAACGCAUACGCUACUUCCUACAUGCCAGACUCACUAUGUUACGCGCAGCGACUGUUCGAUCAGGUUUAUUUCAAAGAUACUGUGCUAUGGAGCUCCAUCAUUUCAGUUUAUACUCGAUUAGGCAAUUCACACAAAGCUCUCCAACUCUUUGCUCAAAUGAAACUUCAAACUCAUCCAAUUCAACCCAAUCAUUUCAUCUAUGCUACUGCCGCUCGAGCUUGUGGUUCUGCCCCAAGUUACUACCUCCACUUGGGCAAAUGUAUUCAUGCAUCUGUGAAAAAAGCUGGGUUUAUACCCAAUAUUGUUGUUGAGACCGCUUUAUUGGAUAUGUAUGCAAAAUGCGGCAUUAUCGACUGUGCAAGUAAGUUGUUCGAUGAAAUGUCGGUUAGAAAUGUAAUCUCCUGGAAUGCGAUGAUUGCCGGGUAUUUGCACGGUGGAAUGGAAGCUCAUGGGUUGCAACUUUUCUAUAGGAUGAAAUGUCUUGAAUUUCAUAAACCUGAUGAGUUUGCAGUUGCAACUGUUUUGGCAGCCUGUGUUGGGAUUAAUGAUUUUACUUUUGGCGCGCAAGUUCAUGCUUAUCUAGUUCGUACCGGAUAUGAGUCUGAUUGCAAGGAUGCAAUCUGCAACAUGUACUUUCGGUGUGGCCAAGUUUCUUGCGCUGAGAGAGUUCUAAAAGGAAGAGAAGAGAAUGCUACUUCGAGGCUUGUAAUGAUCAGAGGGUAUGUCUUAAAUGAAAGAUACCAUGAUGCCAUGUAUUAUGUUUCUUGUCAUGAUAAUUUUAUUGAAAUUGCAGCUGUAGAUUGUACUGUAGUCGUGCCCAUUUUGACUGCUUGUGCAAGCCUCUCAUUGCUUAGAGUUGGAAGGCAGAUUCAUGGUCUUAUCAUUACGUUGCUUAAUUUCCCCCAGAAUUCCCCCUCAGAGGAGGGUAUUGCAAUUGUUGGAAGUGCUCUGAUCAACAUGUACUGCAAAUGUUAUAGUGUAAAAGAAGCUCAACAAGUUUUUGAUAGUUUGUUGCCUGACCGGCAUGUUUCUCAUUGGAAUUCAAUGAUAGCAGGUUACAUACUCAAUGGUAUGCUUGAAAAUGCUAGAAGAUGUUUUGAGGAAAUGCCUGAGAGAGAUGUAAUCUCAUGGACAACAAUCAUAUCAGGAUAUGUGCAGUAUGGCUGUCCACACGAAGCCCUAUGGUUACUAGCUAAGAUGUAUACCAACAAAGAUGGUCUUGUUGUGCAAGGAAACUGCUUUACUUUUACGACUUCUUUGGAAGCCUGUAGUCUUCUGUCAGUAUUGGAGCUGGGAAAACAAAUACAUGCUAAAUUGAUCCGAACAGUAGUCAAUGCUGAUGUAAAUAACGUGGUUGUUGGAACAUCUCUAGUGGACAUGUACUCGAAGUCAGGUAGUCUGAGUUAUGCACAAAGAGUGUUUAACCGGAUGAUGGAGAGGAAUGUAGUUUCAUGGACAUCAAUGCUCACAGGCUAUGCCAUUCAUGGAUUUGGGUUUCAGGCCCUUGAGAUUUUCCACCAAAUGAUGGAGAUGGGUGUUGAACCCACUGAGGUUACAUUUGUUUCUGUUCUAACUGCUUGCAGUCAUUGUGGUUUGGUUGAAGAAGGACUUAACUACUUCAAAAUGAUGAAGGAAAAGUACAGAUUGCUCCCAGGAUCUGAUCACUAUACUUGUGUGAUUGAUCUGUUAGGCCGAGCUGGGAGACUUGAUGAAGCUUGGGGACUAUUGGAAGAAAUUGAGAGUGAAGAAGUCAUUGAUGGAUCAUCUAUUGAAACCAUAUGGGGUGCAUUGCUGGGGGCUUGCAGGUUGCAUGGGAAUGUGGAGAUGGGGAGUAGAGUGGCUGACAAAAUUUUAAAGAAACAACAAGCCUCUGAGACAUAUAUAACACUUUCUAAUGUUUAUGCAGCAGCAGGGAUGUGGCAUGAAGUGUACAGGGUGAGGGAGAGAUGGAAGAGAGAAAGCAGUGUUCCUGGUUUUCCAGGGCAUAGCCAGAUCCAUGUACACUUUCAAGUUGAUGACUUAUGA